AACUGAACAGUUUAUGGUGGAGUGAUAAUAUGUAUUUGCUGUUUGUUACACUUCCACACGCAGGAUCAUCCAUCCCAAGUGGGAUGGGCGGUCAUUGCUUCUAACCGCCUAUAAAAAAAAGUAGGUUCGGACCUGUGGCGCUAAAAAAGACAAGACACCCAAGCGACAAUUUCACAUUGAGAUCAUCUCCGCUCAUAUGGAUUUACAACAUUCGGGAGGCGAGGGAGACACAGGAGGUCUGGACAAAGUGAAGGCACUGACAGAGAAGCUGAAGUUAGAGACUCGCAGGCCAUCCUAUCUGGAGUGGCAGGAGCGCCUCCAGAGUGGACCGUGGAAGGGCAAACACCCACCAAAGUCUGACAUCCAAGCUGCGUUAAAACACGACAAUCCACAAGUGGUGCCAAACAUCUGCGGUUUUGACACUCUUGAUGACGCCUUGCAGUUCCUCAGGAAAGAGUUGAGGGAAAUGCAAGUUCAGGACAACCAUCUGGCCCGUCAGCUGAUCCGCCUGCGUGGGGAGAUCCACAAGCUGAAAGUGGAGCAGGUGUGUGAGCGCCACAAAGAGAUGCUGGACAAUGCAACAUAUGAGCUGGAGGAGUGUGACGAGGAGUCCGAUCUGUUGUGUGACAUCCCCAUGAAGGCCACUUUCGCUCUGUCCACCCCACUGAAACACCUGGGCCUCACCAAGAUGAACAUCAACUCCAGACGUUUCUCACUUUGUUAAAACUUUUUUCCUCUGAUGAAUGUUCCAUUUGAUCCCUCCAAAUGUUGAGUCCAUAUUUACUCUUUGGGAGGUCUGCACUGUGUCAACAAAGGCAAGCAUGGCUGCAAGCUAUUUGCAAAAUGCACAACGGCGUGUCAUCCAUAGGGAGUACUCACCAGCAUGCAAAAGCUAACACAGACGCACCAUUACAUUAUACCAGUUCACAAGGUACACUUGCACAAUGCAAGGGAUGUACCAGACACUAUAUUCCUAAUGCUGCGACCAGUGAGUACAUCUACUCUUCGUCUGGUUGAACUUAAAAUGGAGGCGCUAGCUAGAUGAUGAUGUAAAAUCAUUUUGAGUGGCAAUUCCUUGCUGAUAAAUUACACAAAAUGUUUUGUCACAUUCCCACAUUCAUGAGUUUCACUCAUGUCGCACAUCAGCAUUUUGACACCUCUUCUUUACCAACCCAAAGUAUCACCAUGUCCUCCCCACCACAGAGAUAAGAGACAGGAGGCAGGUCUUAUUGGGUUUCUUUCCAUUACGAUAUGCACUGCUAAGUGCUUAUUUUAAGCUUUGUGGCUGCGCAGAGAACGAAACGUGUUCUUGAGCUCAGCCACAAAUGAUCAGUAGCUGUUAUGAAGAGUUGCAUAUUUUUUGGGGGGAUAUUUCUUCAAGUCAAUGCAUGGUUGUUUAUAUGUGCUACUCUACAAUGAAUGUAUCUAAAUUGCAAAUAAUUUGCAUAACUCCAUAAAGUCUUGAUGUACAUUUUCAUUGCAAGUCAAUAUUAAAGACACUAAAAGAGAUUUUAGAAGUCUGCAUGUAUUGUUAUGCACCCACUUGACCUUUAUGGUUUGAGCUCUGACACUACUCAAAGUUUGAAGGCGAGCGAUCCCUAUGAAUGUGAUUAAAAUAAUGUUAUCAAGCUUUAAAUAAUGGCAUAAUUCCGUAUACAGAGUCUCCACAUAAUAAACUACUUUCAAUUAUUCUUUUUUAAAUGAUACUGGUUUGUUAUGCUCAUUCUGGGCAUAAACAGUAUUCUGUAUAUAUUGCGUUGCACACAGCAACCGGGCCACACACAUGCAGACAUGCAAGGAGAGAUGUCAGAGCAAGGGGUGCACGAAUACCGACUGCGCUACAAUACACGGUGUUAUCCAAAUGAAUACACGUUUGCAGG